GCUGCCAGUGUUUCCAAGCCGAUCCAAAGGCCGUCGUCGUGCGUCGGCGCGCCGGGCGGAACCGUGCUAAACGGGAAUUCUCGGGGAAAAGAAGGCGAGUGCGGCGCAGCGGCGCACACGCGCAAGCGCGCAAUGGAAGGCUCGCCGGCGACGCGCCUCCCGGAGGCCGACUCCCUCCCCGACGGCUUCGUCGAGAGCUCCGGCGCGGACACGGCUUCUCCACCAUCCCCCGCGCCCGUCGCGGAUGAUCCACCGCUAGCCGCGCUCGACUCCGAUCGGCCCGCUGCCACCAACCCAGGCGGCGGGGAAACCCUAGGCGACCCCUCCCUCCCCGCCCCGGCCGUCGAGGAUGCCUCCUCGGCCGCCGCCGAAGCCUUGGAGACACUCUCUUUGGACGCCACUGCGGAGCCGGAACGCGCUCCAGGGGAGCACGGACCCACCGGCGCUGCAAGAGACGCUGAAGAAUCCUUGAAGCAGAGCUGUGCAGCUGAGCAAGCAGGAUCUCCAACUGCUCAAAAACAAAAGGAGACUGCUGAGCCCAAACGCAAGGUCGUGAAGCGUAAGGACAGAGAGCUGUUUGAACUUGCCCAGCAAUACCACAAAGUGGUGGCAGAAAGGGAUGCAGCCAAUGCAGUCAAAGAAAAACUAGAAUCUCUUUGUAGGGAGUUUCAGCGUCAAAAUAAAAUGCUAAAGGAAGAGUGCCGAAGGGUGUCGACAGACGGGCAGAACAUGCGUAUGGAAUUGUCUGAUAAAUUCAAUAAUGCUAUAAAGGAUGUGAGUGUCAAGCUUGAGGAGCAGAAAAAUGAAUGCAUUGCUCAGUUAGAAGAGAACAAUCUGUUGAGAAGUAAACUCAAAGAUCUUGCUGAUCAAUAUAAUAUUACUCAGCAGAAAUAUGCUCACCAACUGAAAGAGAAGAUGCUGGAACUUGAGCUUGCGGAUUUGAAACUUCAACAACAGCAAGAGAAGGCUGCUCAGGAACAUAGCCAAAUGCAGUUAUAUGCUGAGCAAGUUUCUCAGCUUAUGACUACUGAGAAGAACCUGCGAUUGCAACUAGCUUCUGAUGGAGAGAGAUUUCAGCAGUUUCAGGAUGCCCUGUCAAAAAGCAACGAAGUCUUUGAAACUUACAAGCAGGAGAUGGAAAAGAUGAUCUCGGUGAUAAAGAGUCUGAAGAAGGAGAAUGAAUUUCUGAAGGGAAAGUGUGAGAACUCAGAUAUUGCUCUCGUGAAGCUCAUUGAAGAGCGUGAGCUAACAAAGAAGCAAAUAGAGAAAUUGAAAAAUCAAAAGGAGAAGCUUGAAUCCCUGUGUCGUUCACUACAGGCAGAAAGGAAACAAGGCCCCUCUGCCAGUAUUCCUGAGACCCCUUCUAGCGAAGAAGGUGUAGCAGUGACAAGCCAAGAUUCAUAGUGACAACCAGUAUUCCUGAUGUGCAUGCCAAUGUUCCAUCGGUGUCACCUACCCGCUUGCUGAGAUUUCUGAAGCCUGAUGAAUGGAUAUGAUACUUUUAUCAUGUUUAGGGCGAUAUGUAGGAGAGUAUGGAGAGCUUGAUUGAUACUUGUCUGUCUCUGGCGUUUUGAGAUUGUUGCCAGAGAGGGGCGGUAGCACCUGAACCUUUCCCAUGCUAGUGACUCAUAUUACUACCAGGCAAAUGUGGUCCUCCGACUGUUUCUUUCUUUGUGGUGUGACUUUCUUUCUGUGGAUGUUUAGUUAUUUCCUUAGACCUUUUAUUCCCUUGUCUAGUAAAUGGGCCCUUUUCCUUCA